CAAACAAAGCCCUAAUUUCAACCCAUUACGAAAACCAACCCGACCCGUCAAAACAAAAAAAACCCGACCCAACAACAGCAACAGAACCGCCAUAUUUUCCGGCGACCAGAAUGGCAACAGGACGACCAAGAUCCGCCGGACUCGGCGCCCUCCGCCGUCAAUCCCUCCGAGCUUACAACGAGCCGUUCACUCCUAAUGUUGUAGAAAGAGAUGAAAACGAAGCCCACAUUCUCCAGCUCCAACUUCCUGAUUUCAACGAGCAGCAUGUUAAGGUUAAAGUGGAAGAAGGAGCACGGACGGUGGUGGUGACCGGAGAUCGGCUUCUCGCAAAUAACAGAUUGCUCAUAUUGGAUAAAACUUAUCCAAUCCCACAAGAUUGCCCAAUUGACAAAGUUCAUCAUAAAUUAGAAGCUGGAUACCUCACCAUUACAAUGCCCAAACAAACUGCGCCACCGGAGGCGGUGGCCACGGCGGCGCCCAAGGAUCCAGAACAAACAACCCCAGAAAAGGGGAGUGAAGAAACCACGCCGGAAAACGCUACUCCGCCGCAGAAAGAACCAGAGCAAAAUACCCCAGAAAAGGGGAGUGAAGAAACCUCGCCGGAAAAUGCUUCUCCGUCGCAGAAAGAACCAGAACAGACAAGCCUAGAAAAGGGGAGUGAAGAAACCUCGCCGGGAAAUGCUACUCCGCCGCCGAAAGGACCAAAACAGACAAGCGUAGAAAAGGGGAGUGAAGAAACCUCGCCGGGAAACGCUACUCCGCUGCCCAAAGAACCAGAACAAACAACCCCGAAAAAGGAGAGUGAGGAAAUCUCGCCGGAGGAGGAAGAUAAGGGAAAAUCUGCAGAACUCCAAAAGAAGGGCUCAGUGAAGGCUGAAGAAGAAGCUCCAACACAGGCGCCGACGGAGGUGCCACCGCCUGCGGCAGCUAAAAAUGGGCCGGUACAAGGAGAAUCCGGCAAGGAGAAAACGACGCCGGAUGAGAAAAUCAAGAACCCAAAUCAGAAACCAACAGAGAAAGAAAAUCAAAAUCCAGAAAAGGGGAAGGAAUCAAAAACAGAGAAAGUGGGUAAGAAUGAAAAAACCGGCAAGAUCGGCACCGGAACUCCAUCUCGGAAAGCGACAACUAGUAAGAAACAUGCCGCCGGCUUCACGAACACAAGGAGGGUCUUAUCGGUGACGGCGAGUCUGGCGGCGGCGGUUGUAACAGUAGGGGCCGCGUAUUUAGCAUUUGCAUAUUACGGACUUUCGUUCGCUAUGGAAUGAAACUGAAAUUCGCAAUGGCUUCUCGAAUUUAUACCAUAAAAGAAUAAACAAAACUUUAAAUAA